UGUAUGUAAAUUACAGCCAAUGGAUGCUGUUGUUGAGCAGGGCUGGGAUUAGAGACAGGACGAAUGGCUUUCAAUCUUACUGGGAUUAUAGAACAAAGGGACUCUGCAAUACACACACAAAAAGAGAGAUUUUAUUUUGGGAGGGGGUGGGAACAUUUCUUUCCCCCUGUAUCACCCCCUCUCCUCCACACAACCCUCUCUGCAGACAGCAGCCAAAGGGGCACUCAUAGAAGACAGAUAUAUACUGUAUAUAUAUAUAUUUACACUGCGGAUCGGGGGACGAUCGCUGCUCAUCUGGGAAGAAAUUACAACUCCCCCUUUACCCUGUACAGCAAGCCCCCUCCCCUCUAUUUUCAUUUUCUACGUUAAUUAAAGGAAGAAGCCUCAGAUCGGGGCUAAGGAGGUUGGUUUGGAGAGAAGCUCAAGCAGAAGUACUAGGACCUUUUUGCAAGCUAUAUCCUGCAAUGUAAGAGAGCUGGGCGUGAAGCGCAAUUAGCAAAAUUGGUCCGCCCUCCUUCCUGACUGAAAGCAACACAUGCAAAUUCACAUAUCUGGAGCCGUGUCAAGACAAAUAUGGCACUGGGAGGAAAGCCGUAUGAAGGAUCCUUAAACAACUAUAGACCUGAUCUGUGGAUUUCAGCUAUUCCUGGUGGGAAGGAUGAAAUCAUCACAAGUCUUGUAUCUGCCUUAGAUUCAAUGUGCUCUGCACUCUCAAAACUUAAUGCGGAAGUGGCCUGUAUAGCAGUGCAUGAAGAAAGUGCUUUUGUGGUUGGAACAGAGAAAGGAAGAUUUUUCUUAAACUCUAGAAAAGAGCUUCGAUCUGAUUUUCAAAGGUUCUGCGUGAGCCCCCAAAGAAAGGAACAAGAACCUGAUGCUCACACGAGGAACAGAGAAUGCCUCCAGAAUGUUCCACAAAUGUCCACUGGGCCACCUUCAGAUAUUUAUCUGCUCAGGAAGAUGGUGGAGGAGGUUUUUGACAUGCUUUACAGCGAAGCUCUAGGUAAGUCCAAUAUUGUUCCAGUGCCAUAUGACAAAAUUCUAAAGGAUCCUGGAUCAUUAAUAGUGCAAGGAUUUCCCGAUGGGAUCUCUUUACGGAAACCUGCUGAGUAUGAUGUGAAAAGCUUAAUGCUUAUUUUAGAGCACAGUCACCGCCUUAGAUUCAAACUGAAAAGGACUACCGAGGAACCUAGCAGAGAAAUUAAGUCCCCUGCAGACUUAAGCUGUCCUGCUGUUUCAACAACAAAAGUCAUACCAGACUCUGGUCUAAGCCCCAAAGUUGCCAAAUCAUCAAAUCAUGACAACACUUCCAGUGUCUCAAACUUUCUAUACAAUGUCUCGUUACCUAUCCAGCUUCCUGUGGAAGUGAAGCAAGAAGUUCAUAUGAGUGUGCAUGGGACCAACGCAGCCAAUGAACUGUUGAUCCAUCGAACACCAGGAGAUCAGAUUCAGGAUCCCUCAGACUGUUCUGGACAAAAAUCCUCACCAUCAGGCAACAGCCUUAGACAGAUUGCUCAUGCUUCUAAGCGCGUUCUCUUUUCAAUAGUGCACGACAAAACAGAGAAAUGGGACAGUUUCAUUAAGGAAACUGAGGAUAUCAAUACCCUCAGGGAAUGUGUGCAGAUUCUGUUUAAUAGCAGAUAUGCUGAAGCUUUAGGGCUUGAUCACAUGGUCCCUGUUCCAUACCGUAAGAUCGCGUGUCACCCAGAAGCAGUAGAAAUCAUAGGAAUACCUGACAAAAUUCCUUUCAAAAGGCCUUGCACCUACGGAGUUCCCAAACUUAAGAGAAUCCUAGAAGAAAGACACAACAUCCACUUUGUUAUCAAAAGUAUGUUUGAUCAGAGAAUUUUUGAAGGUGCUAAAUUUUCUCAAGAUGCCUCAAAAUCAGACGCUACCCUGGGAGAGGAGCCCUCCAGUGAAACGCAGCAGGUGACACCUCUGGACAUCCAUGGAUCUAUCUCCUCAUUCAUUGGGGGCAGAUCUUCAAAGAGCAGUGUUUCGGAUGAAUAUGAACCAGCAGGGACUUCGGGCGAGCAGAAUGGUGUAAAACAUAUAAAGAUGGAACCUGAAGAUCAAGAUAUAAUACAGAUCACUGUUCCAGAGCACACAUUUCAUGCAGAUGAAACCAGUGAGUGUAUUACGAACCACAUAAAAUCAGAAGAGCCAAGCUACAUACUGGACUCAGGAACAGUUUGUGAAAAUGGAUCCAUUGACAAUUGCAGGAAUGAAAAUAAACAUUUGGAUGGAAUUGGAGAUUUAAUAAGACAGCUGAGAAAACAAGUAGAAAAUGCGUUCAACACAAAAUACGCAAAAGCUAUUGGAGCUCCCGAGCCUGUCAAAGUGCCAUACUCUAAGUUUUUGAUGUACCCGGAAGACCUGUUUGUUUUGGGAUUGCCUGAAGGAAUUUCAUUUCGACGUCCAAAUUGCUUUGGAAUUUCAAAACUUAGAAGGAUAUUGGAAAGUAUCGAUGACAUUCAGUUUGUUGUUAAAAGACUGGAUCUGAUUUCUGAUGGGCUAAAAGACUGCCUGGUAGAUGGCUCUGGAACUCAAGGAACUAGUAACAAAGAUUGCCAUGACUCUGUAAUAGAUGACACCAGCAAGAGGCAUACCUUUCAAGAAGGGGACUUCAGUACAGUGGCAGAUGCUGACCUAGACACAGCUGACAUUUCCGGACAUAUCCCGUCCACUGUGACUGACGGCGUAGGAUUUCUGCAAGAGAACUAUGAUGCCAGACUCUCUAGAAUUGAUAUUGCCAACACACUGCGAGAACAAGUGCAAGACCUAUUCAAUAAAAAAUAUGGUGAAGCCCUCGGUAUCAGGUAUCCAGUCCAAGUACCUUACAAACGUAUAAAGAACAAUCCAGGCUCUGUAAUUAUAGAAGGUCUUCCUCCAGGAAUCCCGUUUCGAAAACCAUGCACUUUUGGGUCUCAAAACCUCGAAAGGAUAUUAGCAGUGGCUGAUAAAAUCAGAUUCACUGUAACAAGGCCUUUUCAUGGACUUAUUCCAAGACCCGAUGAUGAGGAUGCCAACCGACUUGGAGAAAAAGUUAUACUUCGAGAACGUGUUAAGGAGCUCUUUAAUGAAAAAUAUGGUGAAGCACUUGGCUUGGGUCAUCCUGUGCUAGUUCCCUAUAAACUAAUCAGGGACUACCCAGAUGCGGUUGAAGUAACUGGACUACCAAAUGACAUCCCUUUCAGAAAUCCUAAUACCUAUGACAUCAGCCGGUUGGAAAAAAUUCUUAAAGCUCGGGAAAACAUCAGAAUGAUUAUUAUAAAUCAGUUACAGCCAUUUUCUGAACUCUGCAUUGAGGCACCACAGAUACAUAAAGAUACAAAUGUUCCUAAACGGAAGCGGAAGAGGGUCUCAGAAGGAAACUCUGUCUCUUCAACGUCAUCCAGUUCUUCAUCUUCGUCAUCCUCUUCUUCUUCUAACGUAGAGCCCAUCUCUUCAGCACAUCCUAUGUCCUUAGUGCAAUGGCCCAUGUACAUGUUGGACUAUGGAGGUGUGAAUAUGCAGAUUCCUGGACACAUGACCUAUUAGAUCUCAGUUCAUGCAAGCUGACGAAAAAAAAUGUAAUUUAUGUACAAAUGAAAUGUAUAUGACAGUAUGUAUCAAUGCCUUUUAGGUGUUUUUUUCCAAUGAUUUUUACAAUAUGUUUCUGCCAUCCACAAAGGCCUUUUUUUGAAUAAAAAGUGUUGCCUUGUU